AUGCCAUAUGUGUGCCUUGACUGUGGUCGACGGUUUGCUGGUAAGUCAGUCUUACGCUGGCACAAAAGAACACACUCAGGGAAAAAGCCGUAUGUUUGCAGUGAGUGUGGCCAAGGGUUUGCUUGGAAGUCACACUUGUUGUACCACCAAAGGGCACACUCAGGGGAAAAGCCAUAUGUUUGCAGUGAGUGUGGCCAAGGGUUUGCUCGGAAGUCAACCUUGCUGCGUCACCAAAGGACACACUCGGGGGAAAAGCCAUAUGUAUGCAAUGAGUGUGGACGAGAAUUUGCUCGGAAGUCAAUCUUGUUGUGCCACCAAAGGACACACUCAGGGGAAAAGCCAUAUGUUUGCAAUGAGUGUGGAAGAGGGUUUGCUUGGAAGCCACACUUGUUGCGUCACCAAAAGACACACUCAGGGGAAAAACCGUAUGUUUGCAGUGAGUGUGGAAGAGGCUUUGCUUGGAAGCCACAUUUGUUGCGUCACCAAAAGACACACUCAGGGGAAAAACCGUAUGUUUGCAGUGAGUGUGGCCAAGGAUUUUGUGGCCGACGGUUUGCUCGUAAGUCAUACUUGAUGUGCCACCAAAGGACACAUUCAGGGGAAAAGCCAUAUGUUUGCAGUGAGUGUGGCCAAGGAUUUGCUGAUAAGUCAACUUUGUUGCGCCACCAAAGGACACACUCAGGGGAAAAGCCAUAUGUUUGCAGUGAGUGUGGAAGAGGAUUUUCUCAGAAGUCAACCUUGUUGUCUCACCAAAAGACACACUCGGGAAUAGCCAUAUGUUUGUAG